AGGCUCCUAUCCGUACCAUUCAACAGCAGUCAAACAUUUGCAUAAGACUCGAUUUUGUCCAUUCACUUACUGUGAUUACACCACCAUGGCUUCACAAAAGCAAGUGGCCAAAACAGAAGGAAAGCCCGCCCCAGCUCCAGAGGAAGAACCAGCUCCCGGAGCAGCAGAACCAGCAUCAGCAGCACUGGAAACGGUUACUUCUGCCCCAACUGCAACACCAGAGUCAGCUACAAAAGAGUCUGAAAAAGCCAGCACUGCACCUGGGUUAGCCCCAGUCACAGCAGCCGAAGAUCCAGCCAAAGCACAAGCUUCUCUUCCAAAUCCAGCUUUCAAAAAUGAUCCUGCUGCUGCAGGUAAUCUCAGUGCUGAACAACUUGAAGAGUUCAAAGAAGCGUUCCUGUUGUUUGCCAGGACUCCCUCAGGGGAGAUGAAGAUAUCACUAGCUCAGUGUGGGGAUGUGAUGAGAGCUUUGGGCCAGAACCCAACUAACGCUGAAGUCUUGAAUGUUCUAGGAAAACCAAAGCCUGAAGAGAUGGAAUCCAAACUGAUCGACUUUGAGACUUUCCUGCCUAUGUUUCAACAAGUUUCAAAGUCUACUGAAAGGGGUACAUCUGAAGAUUUUGUUGAGGGCCUUCGGGUCUUUGACAAAGAAGGCAAUGGAACAGUCAUGGGGGCUGAACUCCGCCAUGUGCUUGCUACUUUGGGUGAGAGGCUGUCUGAGGGUGAAGUGGAUCAGUUGCUGGCAGGGCAAGAGGACACAAAUGGUUGUAUCAACUAUGAGGCUUUUAUAAAACAUGUCAUGCUGGCUGAGUGAUCGUUUCUGGUACCGUGGCAGCCUAACAUUGAUGUUUGCAGAAGUAAUCUGAAGGUCAUGUGUGAGAGUUGACAUCAAUAAAACAAAAUUUUUGUAAAAUAUUA